AUUUGAUUUUAGGUAAAAAUCCAAUCCUCUGAACCGAACCGAUAAAGUAUCAUGCAUUUCACUCGUCAUCAUCUCUACCUGUCCCUGCAAAAACCCUUCUACCUCCAUUUGAUAUCCUACCCGGCCUGAUGCUUAUCAAUCAUUUGCCGAAGCUCCAUCUCCAGUUAUCCAUGCUCGCUUCCAAACCCAAACUCCUUAUCACACCCACCUUCUCACCCAAAUCCGUAUCCGGCCCGAUCGCCAACUUCUCCACCGCUGCUCUUCUUCAAGCCCCCAACAUCGUCGGUUCAAAUGAGACUAGCCCGCUCGAAAUCUCACCUGGAAAGCUCUUUUUUCCGCCGGAAACCGAUGUCUCCGUAGAAACCGCGUCGUUUGGUUCCCGGAUCCUCAAGGGCUCUAACAUAGUGCUCAGCAAGUAUGCAGGGGAUGCGCAGGUAGAGCAGGCGGAGUUUGUGAAAAGUAGUGUGAAUACUGGGGACUGUCCGGCCGAUGGGUUGCCGGAAUUUGCGCUAGUUGGGAGGUCUAAUGUGGGGAAAUCAUCACUGCUUAACUCUAUUGUUAGGCGUAAGAAGCUUGCUCUUACUUCCAAGAAACCUGGCAAGACACAAUGCAUCAACCAUUUCCGGAUAAAUGGUAGCUGGCAUCUUGUUGAUUUGCCUGGAUAUGGGUAUGCUUCAGCACCACACGAAGUCCGUAAAGAUUGGGAAAAGUUCACGAAAGACUACUUUCUGAACCGGUCAACUCUUGUCUCUGUAUUCCUUCUCAUAGAUGCUAGCAUCCCUGCCAAAAAGAUUGACCUUGAAUAUGCAAGUUGGCUUGGGAAGAACCAGAUUCCAAUGACAUUAGUUUUUACCAAAUGUGAUAAGCGGAAGAAGAACAAAAAUGGAGGGAAAAGACCCGAAGAUAAUGUCCAAGAUUUUCAAGAGCUAAUACAAGACUUCUUCCAAACGUCUCCACCUUGGAUUAUGACAAGCAGUGUAACAAACCAAGGCCGGGAUGAGAUAUUGUUACACAUGUCUCAACUACGAAAUUAUUGGCUCAAGCAUUGAGUUUCAAUCACCUGGCUCGGCAGAUAUGGCGUUUCAAAGCAACUAGUCAUAAGUGAUUCGCUUCAUCACUUCUUCCCUUGAAAUUCAUAUGAUGAUAUGAUGCAGUUGCUCAUAAACAUGGGACAGUUUGGUUCAGCGAAGGAAAUCUACCAUCAAACAUCCAGCACAACCCUCUACUUUCCAACUUUCAAGAUUGUGCAGGCUUUCAGCAUCUGAUUCUUUCAAGGAAAAGUGUCUUUGCAAGGUCACAACGUGUAAGUGUAUUCAUAUAAAAAUGCUAUCUUUGCAUCGUGUAAGGACUUCGAGUGUGUAUUUGUAUUUCAUUUUGCUGUCUUAUAAUUCGGAAGACAUGUUUUUCCCCACAUGUUUCAACAUCUUACGUGUUCAUGCUGUGUUGGGACCACCUGUGGAGGCAGCUGCUGCCGACAAUAGUAAUAGUUUUACAGCAAUAGUCAAUGGCAAUUGGCAGUGGUGGUGAUCCAAAGGUGGCCCCUAAUCGCGGUGCUUAUAGACAAUCUAUUGGUAAUACUUUUGCCAUUAGAUUGAUCAUUGAUCUGACAUAAAUAUUAUGUAGUACUACCUUUGUCCCACAACAUUGAGACAUGAAGUGGAGGUGUAUUUGGUAAGAAAAAUGAGUUUACGUGGUUGAUAUUGAAUUGAUAAAGUAAGAAUAGAAAAAAUAUUUUAGAACCACACAAACUUUACUAAAUUAGAUAUGAAACAAUCUUAGUGAGACGGAAUGAAAAGGAAAUAUGAAACAAUCUUAGUGGGACGAAGGGAGUAACAUUUAUUACAUUCUUUGAUAAGUUUUGAUUGUGUAGAAACAGUUUACCAUGUAAAAUAUUUUGGCCAUUAGAUUCAUGAUCAACAGUGAUCUUAUGCUCAUUCCUCUCUUGGGACUCCUAGAAGAUGCAGUAUGAUUUUGGCACGAGUAUUAAGAAAGCAAAGGAAUUCUGCCAUUAAGAUGCGGUAUGAUUUUUCCAUAAUAAUUUAUACCUUCAAUUGAAAAAGUAAGAAAAUAUAUUAAGAUUCCCAAAAAAGGAAAAACAUGACAUUAUAGAUAAAUUGAUAAAAUAUGAAGGUAUUUAAAUACGUUCCAUAAAAGGUAUCUAUGGAUAUUAGUAUUUAAAUACGUUCCAUGUUUUGUGUUUGAAGCACAGAGAAUUAAUUCAGGAGAUUGGAUGGCUUGAACUGACCAACAUACAAUAGCCCCUACCUAACAAACGGAAUUAACCACUUAAUUAAUUGUGUGUAUAAAUAAACAACAAAAUCCCUCUGGGAAAAGGCAGGCUAUCUCCUUCCUUCUCCUUCCUCCAUUUUCUCAAUAUUGUUGGCCGGUAAACCACCGGCGACCGCCACCCACCAUUUUCCAGACAUCGCAGGUAAACCACACGGUGGGAACUGGGAAGAUGUCGAAUAUCAUUCAUAAGUUGGAGGAGAAGCUCCACCACGUGCAUGGGCGGCAUAAGCACCAGCAGGAUGAUGAUCAUCAUCAUGCGCAUGGAGGUGUAGGAGGAGAGGAGCAUAAGAAAGGAGGAUGCCUCACAGAAAAGAUAAAAAACAAGAUUGAUAAGGUUAAGCAUAUAGCCAACAAGAAGCACAAAGAUGGAAAACACCAUGAAGAAGAUUAUUCAUAACUUAUAGCAACACUGAGAUGAACUCCAAAGCUUUGAAUAAAUGUUCUCAUCAGUUAUUUUAGCUUCGCUUGGUACAUUGUAUGAAUCCUUGUUGCUUAACUUAUAUUUCAUGAUGACUCUUUUUGUGUGAAAAACUCUGAAUUCGAGCUUAUCAGUCCUAAAAUAGGAAUAAAACUGGACAUUUCCCUAUUCACAUUUUGACGACAUUUUAAUCCCGUGUGAGG